AUAGCCAGUGAGAGGUAGUGUUUACAAAGGUCUAGACUGACAUCCGGUGUAUUGACUGUGAUCAGUCUUAAAGCUAGCUUUUGCUGUUUGGAACGUGCCUUCGUCAUUCAGAUUUAAAGAGGGUUUUCCUAUUAAUUUGAAGCUCAUCGUGUCUCUUGUUUCUGAGAGAAGCUGAUUUACUGAUCUAAAUGGAUGCAAUACUGAAUUACAGGUUGGACGAUAGUGAAGAUUACUACACAUUACUGGGAUGUGAUGAACUCUCUUCGGUAAGACUGUCCAGUUCAUGCUGUAUUUCACCAGUGGAGACUUUUCAGAAACUGCAGAAGGCAAAAGAGAUUCUGACCAAUGAAGAGAGUCGAGCCCGCUAUGACCAUUGGAGAAGGAGCCAGAUAUCGAUGCCAUUCCAUCAGUGGGAAACUUUGGCUGACUCGGUGAAAAUGUCAAUGCAUUGGGCUGUCAAAAGUAAAAAAGACCUGAUGCUGGAAGAAUCUGAGCAGACUCAGAUCAGCAAGACUAAAAAUGAAGAAUGGAGUGAGCAAAGAGAAAUAAAGAAAGAGGAACUGGGUUCAACCACAGAGAAAAUGAAGCAAAAAGCACCCGAGUCCCUGGAGAAGUCAAACUCCCCACAAAAUCCAGAGUCUCCAAGUUUCUCAGAUGUGAACUCUUGGCACCUUCGUUUCCGCUGGUCGGGGGAUGCUCCCUCAGAACUCCUGAGGAAGUUCAGAAACUAUGAAAUAUGAAAUGCCCUUGCUCCAUAGAAGAGGGAGAGCAGAAUGUUGCCUGUACUGCCAACAUGUAGUCUUCAUUCACAUCUUAACAAUGUCAUGUUUAUGAAUCACUUAUGACUGACUGAUUCCUCCAUCUUUGAACCCAUUCUCACAAUGUGUUUUGUUAUUGUUGUUGUUUGUAUUUUUUUGGUGCAGGUGAUUGAACCCAUGGUCUAGGGGACUGAACCCACUCUUUACCACUAUGCUAUAUCCCCAGAUACAAAAUGUGUUCAGUGAGAAAUUUUUAGAAGACUAAUUUAUUUCAAAAUUUGAAUAAAUUAAGGCUCUUAGAUCCAA